AUGAUAGAAUCGCCGAACUACGAAAUCGCAACUGUAAUAAUAACCAUCACAAUAUCAAGUGCCACCUACUAUGUUGCCAACUGUACCGCCUUCAUGGUAAUGCUAUUAGGGUACACCGAAGCGCAAAUACUGUCACUUAGCGAAGAGCUACUGAACGUAUGGAAUGACGCCGAAAAAGAAACGGAACAUAUCGACAUUGAAUCAAGAUCCAGCGCUUUAAACAACUUCAUAUCCGAACGAAUGACAGUCAUUAUAAAACUUCAUAACGAAAAUAUAACCUUGCUAAAGCAAAUCGAGGGCGUUCUCCGUGUUAGUAUGGCGUUAGAGUUUCUAUUCCUUAUGGCCGGGUUAAUCGCAGCCUUGCUCGGCGGUAUAAAGCACACGUAUUUGGAAAUACCGUUUGCAUUCGCCCAAAUCUUUAUGAACUGUUAUUUGGGACAGAAAAUCAUAAAUGCGAGCGAGACGUUUGAGAGCGCAGUGUAUGAUUGCAAAUGGGAGUUAUUCGAUAAAACCAAUAGGAGAACCGUUUUGAUAGUGCUGCAGAAUUCGCAAAAAACACUAAAUCUGUCGGCCGGCGGAGUGGCCAUUUUGAGUUUUCAAUGUCUAAUGUCAGUUAUUCAAUCUUCUUAUUCUUUCUACACAACCUUACAAUCUACUCUUAAAUAUUAA